UAGGAUUGUGUGCUCGUUGUCCAAAGAACGACUAUGUCAGGAGGAAGUGGAAUAUAUCAACCUAGUGGUAUGAGUCUCUAUGUAGGCAACUUGGACCCUAGAGUUUGUACGGAGCUCUUACAAGAGAUUUUUGAGUUGAUUGGUCCUGUAAAGCUAGCUAAAGUGGUAGGAGACAGAAAUACUGGGAGAAGCUUAGGAUUUGGUUUUGUGGAUUUUUAUGACCGUCCAACAGCAAUCCGUGCUAUGGAACUGAUGCACGGAAGACGCGUUUAUGGUCAAGAAAUAAGGAUAGACUGGGCACAUGCAGGCGCAGGAGCCGCAGGUAGAAUCUUGCAGGAUGAGGAUUUGGCCAAUAUGCAUACGAUAUUCGUUGGAAACUUGGGUCCAGAUGUGGACGAAGAAAAGCUGAUGAAAGCUUUUUCUUCAUUUUCAUCUGUCGCUGGAGCAAAAAUAUCGAAAGAUGUAGAAACAGGGCUUCCAGCUGGAUACGGUUUUGUUUCUUUUCGGGAAAAAAAGGACGCAGAUUUAGCAAUGCAAACAAUGACAGGAUAUAUUUUAUCUGGUCGUGCGUUAAGAAUAGAUUGGGCCAGAGGAAAGAAUGCUGCUCGGGGAGUAUCCACAUUCGGAAGCUUUUCAUCUUCCACAGUUACACCCAAACCAGAUAUACAGACUAUCAUGAAACAGACGGAUCCUCUGAACGUCAGUGUUUAUGUUAGAGGACUUCCCUCAGAUAUCGAUGUUGCCGCUAUUCGAGAGUCGUUUCGAGGAUUUGGAGAUAUAGAAGAUGUAAAGAUACCUGAUGCAGCACGAAUGACAGCACAAGAUAGAAUUUAUGCUUUCGUGAAGUUUAAAUCUCAUGAAGUUGCUGCUCGUGCUAUUCAUGAUAUGCAUGGAAAAGAAAUUGCAGGCUGUGUUGUGCAGUGUGAAUGGGGUCGUGAAGGCUUAAAAAGUAGAUACUUUUAAACCCUAUUGCUGAACUUCUCUACUCAAUAUUCAUGUUCUCUAUUUAUUGUUCAAAAAAAGGAACUAGCCAAGGAGGAAUAUUUUUCUUUUGACUGGCAAAGUGCUGUACUUUUUCUCUACCAUGAUAAUAGACUGUUCUUUCGUAAACAAAUUGUUCCGGAAGGCGGUUUUCCUGAAAAACUUGUAGGCUUCCUAAUUCUCCAACCUUUGAAACUUUGUAAUCUCCAUAUUUGGUCAUGUCC